AAUAUACUUUUUUUCUGUGUGCCCUUGAAAUCAAUCUCGGCUCUCAAACAUCUGCAUUUCAUGUACUUGUUUAGAGCUAGUUCUGUGGAUUUCUUGGAACUCCGCAAACGUGUGUUUCAAAUGCAAUGCAUUCACCACAGAGCUAAAAAUAAUGUUCUAAAUGCAGGUGUCUUGAAUGGGCUCCUCGCCUUCCCUUCUCUGAAAACAAGAGCUCAGCCCAAGAGCAUGGCCAGCCAUCCCUUGAGCCCACCUCAGCUUGCUCCUAGAUGUGAAACCAAACCCACAGUUCUGCAGAGAGUUGCUAGAAAUAACAUCUGUUUAUGAAAGAGGGAUGAAAAACCACAAAGGCCCAGCCUUGCCUCGCGAUGCCUGUGGCAGGCUUCGGGACGUGGUCUUCUUAACUAUCACAAGAUGCUGUUCUCCAGGUUUCUCUAUUUCUGGGCUCCCCUGUAAUUAUCAUUUCGCUUACCAAACAGCCAAGGCUCUUCUUGACAGCUCCCUGGUGCUUCUUUCUGGACAAAGAGAGGGAGUUUUUUUGAGCUUGACAGGCGCAACUCAAAAGCCACCGGCCACUUUAGAUGCUGCUCGAGAGCUGACAAGCAGGAGCGGCAGCUACCUCUCCUUUGCUCGCCCGUGGUUCGGCUCCCCCCCCAAAAGGAACCAUGUCGAUCGCCCACACAGCGGGCGAGUAUAUGCUUUCGGAUGCCUUGCUUCCCGAUCCCAACGGCUCCAGGGCAAAGGGCCUCCGCUUGGAGUUAUCCUGUGAUCGCAUUGUGAAGUUUGUCACGGUGGGACUGCCUCUGUUUUUCGUAUCCCUGGUAUUUGCACGAGAGUUUUCCGCUGGUUCCCAGAUCAGCUGCUUCCCUCCCGGCAAUUUCACAGGGAAGCAAUCCGCCUACAUGGACGCCGUGUGUUGGGACUCCUUGCUUCAUCACGAUGUUGACGCGGCAGGAAGUUCCAAAUCCUUCUGGAUCCUCAAGAUCUUCCCUUAUUCCCUCUUGGUCAUUGCAGUUGCCAUGUAUUUACCAUACCUGCUCUGGAGAUACGCUGGUGCCCCAUCGCUGCGCUGUGACUUGUUCUUCAUCAUCGACGAACUCGACAAGUCUUACAACCGCUCCAUCCGUCUGGUGCAGCACAUGGUGAAACUUCAGCAGACUGGGACCGACCCAGAGGAACUGUGGGAGGAGUAUGACAAAGCUCGUAAAGAACGCUACUUUGAGUUCCCUCUACUGGAGAGGUACCUCACCUGCAAGCAACGCUCCUAUUACCUGGUUGGCAUCUACGUCUUGCGGAACCUCGUCCACCUCUCCCUCAUGGGUGCGACUUGCCUCUACUUGGGAUACUGCCAUGUAGGUGUCUUUUUCCAAGACGAAUUCAGCUGCUCCAUCAAGAAAGGACUCCUGCGAGGUGAAGCUAACCUCCCCAACGUGAUUCCUUGCAAGCUGGUCCUCUUCUCCGUCUUCCAGGUAACCAGUAUCUGCCUUGGCUGUGUUUAUGUCCUCAUGGGGCCCGUCGUGGUCUACCAUUUGCUCCAGCUCUUCCAGUGGGACAAGCGGCUCUUGUCCAUCUAUGAGAUGCUGCCGGCUUUUGACCUUCUCAGCAGGAAGAUGUUGACUUGUCCUCUGAAUGACCUGAAUAUCAUCCUGCUGUUCCUGCGGGCCAACAUCUCGGAGGUCAAGUCCUUCAGCAGGCUGAGUGUCCUGUGCACGCUGAAAGAUGUUACUGGAGACAAGGAAAACAUUGACACCGUGGUGGAUUUUAUGACCCUUCUUGCUGGCCUGGAGAUGUCAAAGCCAAAGCAUCAUUUCUGCCAUGAUGGGAACCCGCUGCAUCCCAAUGGUGAAAUUAUUGAAAUGAAACCUGCCUUGGAACCUAAAGAAAACUGAUGACACAAUGAACAGCAGAGGAGAGACGGGCAAAAUCCUUUGAAGCACUGAAAAGGACAGCACCAUUGACCACCAUCCUCACUCAGUCCUAAAUAUGGGCUCCCCAAAGUCCACGGGCCCUUCCUCCUAAGUCCAAGCUGUAUCGUACUGCCCUGUGGUAAUCAUGUGUAGGCAUCAUCCAAAGGGCUU